CAAGUGCCGCCCCUCCCAACGCCGGAAGGAGCUGUUGCCCAGAGCAACUGCAACGUCCGGCUUUCCGAGUUUGGCGGCGGGAAAAGGCCAUGAGUAAAGGCCGGGCUGAAGCUGCGACUGGAGCCCCCGGGAUCCUUCUGAAGUACUUGGAGGAGCAGAACCGGCCCUACAGCGCCCAGGAUGUGUUCGGGAACCUGCAGCGGGAACACGGACUGGGCAAAGCGGCGGUGGUGAAGGCGCUGGAGCAGCUGGCCCAGCAAGGCAAGAUCAAAGAAAAGAUGUACGGCAAGCAGAAGAUAUAUUUUGCGGACCAGGACCAGUUUGACGUGGUGAGUGAUGCCGACCUCCAAAGCCUGGAUGCCAAAAUUGUGGCCCUCACGGCCAAGGUGCAGAGCUUGCAGCAGAGCUGCCGCCACAUGGAGGCUGAGCUCAAGGAGUUGAAUAGUGCCCUGACAACACCGGAGAUGCAGAAAGAGAUCCAGGAGUUAAAAAAGGAAUGUGCUGGCUAUACUGAGAGACUGAAGAACAUCAAAGCAGCCACCAACCAUGUGACCCCAGAAGAGAAGGAGCAGGUGUACAGAGAGAAGCAGGAGUACUGCAAGGAGUGGAGGAGGCGCAAGAGGAUGGCGUCAGAGCUGUGUGAUGCGAUCCUUGAAGGGUACCCCAAGAGCAAGAAGCAGUUCUUUGAGGAAGUUGGGAUAGAGACAGAUGAAGAUUACAACGUCAAGCUCCCAGACCCCUGAGAGCUCCCGUGGCAGGACUGGGGGAUGGGGAGAGAUGUCCCGGACUGGCUGCCCUGUUUAGGCCGGGUUUUUUGUUGUUACUGCUGCUGCUUUCCACCGUUGAGCAGAACAGUUAGGAGUGGGCAUAAACCAGAGUAGUAGGCAGAGAGGGUGGGGAGCGCUAG